AUGUUAAUCAAACUUGCUUUAGAUUUUAACUAUCUCCAGGGCAUCAUUCCUUCAAGUUUAGGUAAGUGCCAAAUGUUUCUUUAUUUGGGUCUUUCUAAUAACAAUCUUAGUGGAAAAAGACCCCCUCAAGUACUUGGGCUCCCAUCCUUGACCAUUACACUAGACUUAUCAUCGAACAAUUUGACCGGUGAGCUUCCUGUUGAAGUAGAAAAACCAAAAAAUCUAGCUGAAUUUGAUGUUUCUCAAAAUAGAUUAUACGGUCUUCUUCCAAACAACCUUGGUAGCUGCAUAAGUCUAGAGAAGCUGUUCUUGGAAGGCAAUUUGUUUCAAGGGUCCAUUCCAUCAUCUUUGAGUUCACUGAGAGGCCUUGAGACAUUGGAUAUAUCUGACAAUAAUCUUUCCGGUGGGAUUCCAGAAUUUCUUGUGAACCUUGGGGCAUUGAAGCAUUUAAAUCUCUCAUUCAAUGAUUUUGAGGGAGUGAUUCCAAAUGAAGGAGUCUUUAAGAAUGCAAGUUCUACAUUUGUUGAAGGAAAUAAUAAGCUUUGUGGAGGCAUCCCUGAGCUACAUUUGUCCAGAUGUAACUCAAAAACAUCCAAAAACAAGUUAAAAAUUGCAAUUGUUGUUGUGAUGAAUUCUCGAAGAGAGUGGAGAAAUGUUGCAGUAAAGGUGCUUAAUCUUCUAAAUAGUGGAGCAUCCAGGAGCUUAUUGGAUGAAUGCGAGGCCUUGAAGAACAUUCGACAUCGGAAUCUUGUCAAGGUAUUAACAGCUGUUUCGGGUGUUGAUUACAAAGGCAAUGAUUUUAAAGCCUUAGUAUAUGAGUUCAUGGAAAAUGGAAGCUUGGAGGACUGGCUGCAUCCAUCUGUUAGCAUUAUUGAACCUGAGACAAUGAGAAACUUGAACUUCUUCCAAAGAGUUAAUGUGGCCGUAGAAGUUGCUCAUGCACUGGAAUAUCUACACCAUCAUUGUGAAACGCCGAUCAUUCAUUCUGUCAAGCAAAGUAAUAUUCUACUCGAUGUCGAGAUGGUUGGCCAUAUAAGUGACUUUGGCUUGGCAAGAGUCCUUUAUGAAGAUAGGUUUAACCAUCCUACUAAUCAGUCAAGCUCCCUUGGCAUAAGAGGAACUAUUGGUUAUGUUCCACCAGAAUAUGGCAUGGGAAGCGAGCUGUCAACAAAUGGUGACGUGUAUAGCUAUGGUAUCUUCUUACUAGAGAUGUUUACAGGGAAAAGGCCAACUGAUGAAAUGUUCAAAGAAGAUUUAAGUCUACUCAAUUUUGUUAAGGCAGCUUUUCCGGAUCGAAUGAACGAGAUUAUAGAUCCCAUCCUUCUUCGAGUGUGUCUGAGAAGAAACAAUCGUAGACAUCGCUCUCAAUGGAAACAACAUUCGAAGUGGCAAACAUCUUAAGGGCA